GUGGCAAUAAUCGCAGCCGAGAAUGCAGAGCCCAGAGGAAGGCCCGUAAAGAUGUGCCACGAGCAAAAGGACUGUGAUCCUGACCAAUGCUGUGUAGAAAAAAUGGGGGGUUACGGAUUUUGCCGCACAUUUAAAAGAGAAGGAGAAGAUUGCAAUAAGGGUGAUCUUAAUCUCAAAGGAAGAUAUAUUCGACGAUGUCCAUGUGCUAAAGGUUUGAGAUGUGUUCCCCAUGUAAUAGAACAAACUAAUGAAGGUGAAGUAAGAAAAUAUUACAAAUGUGUAGCAGAUGACAACACCUUCUACAGAACCUGAAGUUACAUCUGAAGUUGUAUAAGGAGGAAGACCAAGCAUUAAUUGUUGCACCAGAAGUCGUUAAUAGCUACAUAAAAAUACGAAGAGAUUUAAUUUAAAAUAUUUGUAACUGUUAUUUCUAAAAUAAAGCAUUACAAAAAGAAA